AUAUGGCGGCGUCCUUCGAGCUACACUCGUAAAGAUAGCUAGCUGUUAUUCAGUUCACAUUAGAUCCAUUUCUUUUGUUAUAGAUUAAUAUAAAGGGCCAACAUGUUUGACAGACCACAGAAGAUGUUGUUUUUAGCGACGUUAUGGAGUUUGACGUAUUGUGCCGUCGGUAGUGAGAUCUCAGGUGCUUUAAAUGAUGUUUGGGGUUACACUGAGCCGUACCUGCUGGCUGUAUGGCAGAACAGGUUAUGUGUGUAUACUGCUGCCGCUGUUCUCAUAGGACUCUGGUUUACUGUGAAUGUAGCCUUCAGAAAGAAAGAAACUAUCAACCCUGUAAGUGCACAUCUUCAUAGCUCUGCGAAGAAGCAGGAGUUGUCACCUGAAACAGAGAAGGUUGUUCACGUUGCUGGAGUCCGGAUAUUUUAUGGAUCCCAGACUGGAACUGCAAAGGGGUUUGCCAGAGAGCUUGCUGAAAACGUCAGGGGUCAGGGGUUCGAGUGUGAAAUCACAGACAUGAAAGAAUAUGACCCCGACGACAGACUAGCAGAGGAAUGUUCCAGCAAGAUGAUCUGUGUGUUCGUUGUGGCCACGUACACUGACGGACAGCCCACCGAGAGCGCUGAAUGGUUCUGUAAAUGGCUCGAGGAAGCAUCCACUGAUUUCCGAUACGGCAAAACCUACCUGAAGGGAAUGAGAUAUGCCGUCUUCGGCCUGGGCAACUCCGUUUACGUCGGCCAUUAUAACACGGUCAGUAAAAACAUUGAUAAGUGGUUAUGGAUGCUGAGCGCCGCCCGGAUCAUGACCAGAGGGGAAGGUGAUUGCAACGUGGUGAAGAGUCGACACGGCAGCAUCCAGGCCGAUUUCCAAGACUGGAAAGCAAAGUUCCUGAGCCGUCUGCAGGCAUUUGCUAAGGGUGAGAAGAAAGUCUGCUCCGGGAAAUGCAAAAGCGACAGCUGCAAAAAUAAGAAUAAACAUAAGGAGGAGGCAGAGGACAGCCAGUCGCUCGCCCAGAAGAACAGCUCAGAGGAGGAGUUGAUGGAGUCCAGCAGUGAUGCUGAAUCCUCAGCUGAAGAAGAUAAGUCUCACGGCUCUCUCAUUGACAUGGAGGACCUCGGAAAUGUGAUGAACCGCAUGAAGAAAGCCAAGAAGAUGGAGGCGGAUGAGGAGAACUCCCAGAGGAUAAAGCUGUCAAAGCAGAACGGAGUGAGGAAGAGCGAGGCAGAGGAAGAGAGGAGAGAGAUGAUCACUCCGGCUUUGAGAGAUUCGCUCACUAAACAAGGGUAUAAACUAAUAGGCAGCCACUCGGGGGUGAAAUUGUGUCGUUGGACGAAGUCGAUGCUGAGAGGCAGAGGAGGCUGCUAUAAACACACCUUCUAUGGGAUUGAAUCGCAUCGUUGUAUGGAGACCACACCGAGCCUGGCGUGUGCCAACAAGUGUGUUUUCUGCUGGAGACACCACACCAACCCGGUGGGCACCGAGUGGCGCUGGAAAAUGGACCCGGCCGAGAAGAUCCUUCAGGAGGCGGUGGAGAACCACAGGAAUAUGAUUCGACAGUUCAGAGGGGUUCCAGGCGUGCGUCCCGAGCGUUUUGAUGAAGGGCUCACCGUAAAGCACUGUGCUCUGUCUCUGGUGGGUGAACCCAUCAUGUAUCCUGAGAUCAACACCUUCCUCCGACUCUUACACCAUCAGCACAUAUCCAGCUUCCUGGUGACCAAUGCACAGUUUCCAGAGGAGAUCAGGAAUCUGGUGCCCGUAACGCAGCUCUACGUCAGCGUUGAUGCCAGCACCAAAGACAGUCUGAAGAAAAUUGACCGUCCUCUCUUCAAAGACUUCUGGCAGCGCUUCCAGGACAGUCUGAGAGCUCUCGGUGAAAAGCAACAGCGGACCGUGUACAGACUGACUCUGGUCAAGGCCUGGAAUGUAGAUGAGCUUAAAGCCUACGCUGAUCUCAUUGCCCUCGGCCAGCCAGACUUCAUUGAGGUCAAGGGAGUGACGUAUUGCGGCGAGAGCUCGGCCAGCAGCCUGACCAUGGCCAACGUCCCUUGGCACGAGGAGGUCAUCCAUUUCGUGCAGCAGUUGGCCAACCUGCUCCCAGACUACGAGAUCGCCUGCGAACACGAGCACUCCAACUGUCUGCUGCUCUCGCAUCACAAGUUCAAAGUGGAUGGAGAGUGGUGGACGUGGAUCGACUACGAGCGAUUCCAAGAACUCAUUCAGGAAUAUGAGGAAAGUGGAGGCACCAAGAGCUUUUCAGCCAUGGACUAUAUGGCCAAGACCCCCAGCUGGGCCCUUUUUGGGGCCAGAGAGAGAGGGUUUGAGCCUUCGGACACACGGUUUCAGAGAAAGAACAAGACCAAAGAUAUCUCGGGGUGCUGAUGUUGAAUACUCGUGCUUUUCUCUUUUGCAUUCUGUAGGGGGACGUUUGUGUUUGAAUGUAUGGAGUAGACCACCUGUCUAUUCCAGAUUUAGGCUUUGUUUUUGUUUUCUGUUCUGUCUGUUGUUUUUAUUAAUAAAGGCCAGGCUGGGUUUGCUCUCUUAGCAACCAAGUUGCGAAGAGCAUAUCUACAACGUAAAACAUUUUCAAGUUGUUUUAAUAAAUGUUCGCUUUUUUGGUUUUAAAUGCAGUCAUGGUUAAUAAAGAAUUUCACUC